AUGAUAGUCUCCAACCCAGCGUCGGGGGCUUCUGGGGACGGAGAAGGUCUCGACAUGGCGGCCAUCAGCUCGCUCGCGGGUGGGCAGCGCAUGGUGGAGGGCGAAGUCAGGGCGAAGUUGUUCACGGGAACAAUCAGGAAGGGAGAGCUCACGGGGACACGGGUGUCGCUCAAAGCCUACCCACCUGCCUCGCAAGCCCAGUACGCGGACAUCAUGGCCGCGAACGAACUCAAGGCGCACUCGUCCCUCCAGACGCCCGACGGGGAGCCGCCUGAGAACGUCGCCAAGCUGCUCGGAGGGUUCGUGGUCAAGGAUGGUGCGGGAACCGGGGAGCAGUGGCUGGUGUUCCGCGCGGGUCUGGACGGCACGGCGACCCUCGAGGAGUACGCCAAGGUCGCUGCCGAGGCCACGUCGACGAAGGGCACUGUUGGCGAGGGCGAGUUCUGGGACCGCUUCGACUACUCCCGGGCGCUGCGUCGGCGGCAGGUGUUCCUGCUGAGAGCCAUACGCGGGGCAAUGCAGGGUCUGGCGAGCAUGCACUCGCGCGGCUGGCUCCACCAGUCGCUCGGCCCGCAGUCCGUCCUCCUGUCAACGACCGAGGAGCGCGACGCAGCGCGCCUCAACGCACGCCUGCGCGACCUGGCCUUUGCUGUCAAGUGCUCCAACGAGGCGCUGAUGGGCGGGCCGACGCUCGCCGACCUCUGGGAAGCAGGGAAGAAAAUGGACGCGGAGAGGGACGACCCGGCCAACGUGCUGUCGGAGAGCCUGUGGCAGCGGGCGCGCAGCGAGGGCGCGGUGACAACGAGCGAACAGCGCAACUUUGGGAUCGCGGACGACAUUUACUCUGCCGGGCUGCUCUUGGCGUACGCGUGCUUCGUUCCGUUGUCGGAGAUGGGGAGCGUCGACGGCCCCACGCUGCUGCGUUUGCUCGAGACCACGUUCCGCGACGACUUCGAGGGGUUCCGCGAGUACGCGACAGCAGACGAUAGGUGGAGCGAUGCGGUCGACUUCCUGAACAUCGGCAAGGGGGCAGGGUGGGAGCUGCUGGAGGCCAUGUUGGCACCCGACUGGCGGAAACGUCCCACCGCGGAGUCGUGCCUCAAGCACCCGUUCCUGACGGGUGAGGCGUACGACAUGUGA